AUGAAAAACGAAAAAGAAAAAAAAAAGGAAAAAAAAGAAAAGGAAAGGAAAGGAAAGAAAAAAAAAGAAAAACUAACGAAACGAAAAUACCAAAGAAGCAAAGAACCAAAGAACCCAAAAAUGAAAGAAUCAAUUAACCAAAGAACCAAGAAGCAAAGACCAAAGAACCCAAGAAGCAAAGGACCAAAGAACCCAAGAACGAAAAACCAAAGAAGCAAAAAACCUAAGAGCGAAAAAAGCAAAGAACGAAAUACCAAAGAAACAAAGAAACAAAGAACCCAAGAACCACCAACGAAAAUAGUAAAGAACCACCAACAAAAGGAUCAAUGA